AUGCCUGCUUCGUCAUCAAUUCAGUAUCACUUCUCAUCAUCACCGACAAAGAACAGCGAUGGCUUCACCACCGAGGAGGUGCAGUGCGCUCUUACCUCAUCAGGAGCGACUGCUGCAAGUGCAUGGGCUGUGAAGCCCGCUUUCGACUACGAAGAAGCGGACCUAGGCACGCUCGAACCCGGUCCCUGCAACUUCGCCCUCAUGGGCCGCAUCGUCUACUUCAACGACCAGGCCAAACCCAGCAAAUCACACAAAGCAGCUCAAGGAUGCAUCAAGAUCCUGCUAGCAGAUGAUACUGGGGUGCUCACCGUGCGCCUUUGGUAUAACAACACGCAGUAUAGGCUCAAACUAGGCCAGCUUCUCAGUGUGUGGACGGUGCACAUUUCGAAUUCUUCAGAGUUUAAUUUGCUUGCCCCAAAUACUGCGCCGCUGUUUACUACCAUCUUUCCUGAGGGCGAGAGGAAUUGCCAUGUUAUGGUGCAUGAGAACAGCGAUGACGGUACGAGGUUCAAGAGGCCAUAUGGUAUAAGAGAAAAUGGGAUGUUGACUGGGUUGAUGACGCUAAAGAGCUUUGCUGAUGGUGGGUAUGAUGUUGAAGAGCCGAAGUUGCUGGUAUGCGUCAAAAGUAUUGGAGCGCGGAAGAAGUACAUGAACCGCAACGGCACAACCUCCGAACUCAUCGCCCUCGGCAUCUUCGACGACACAUCCGAUGGCCUACUUACUUUGUACUCGUCCAUGUGCGACUCUGCCUCUCUCUUCGUUCCUUCGAAAACAGUCCUGCUCAUCUCAAAUCCAGGAUGGCGUAUCGAGAAGAUGGCUAAGCUGACAGUCAGCGGCAAUUCACGCAUCGACGUCGACCCAGAUAUGGGUGACGCACGGCGAUUGAGGGCGUUAGCACAAAGACUGACAAAAAAGGAACAUGUCAACCCGCAAUUUCCCAUCGCUGUCGAUGUAAUUGAGGGAUUCGAGACUGCAGCCGUAAGAGCACUGUAUACACUUGCGGAUGUGGACGAUGUCGCUCGUUCGCUCACGAACAAAGGAUCCAAGGAAACUAUUGCUGGAUACCUCAGUGUUAUCAUCACGGAGCUCAACAUCGUCACGCCGUUCAAACGCAAUAUGCUCAUGAGCAAUGAAUGCUGCAGGAUCCCCAUCUUCGCCAACAGUGUAGAGGUCCAAUGUAAGCAGUGUGGGAAGAUGGUAGAACUGAGGAUCAAUCCCAGGAUACUCGGUCCCCUCCUUGACGAAACCGGUCAAGCCAGCUCUGGGAAACUCAUCCUCUCGGAUGUCGCAUGGUCUCAACUCCUCGGUCGUACACCAGAACAACUCGUAGAUACCCGUCUUGACGUCCUCCACUAUCUAGAACAGCGCCUGCUUUUCCUGCGCAUCACAAUGGGGUUUGCGUUGAAUCUGGAAGACGAAAUUGGGCGAUUGGCUAUAUGGUGUGUGAAGAUUUGA